UUGAGAAUAAUACAGUUUGUUUGUCGGGAGACGAAUAUGAGAUAUUAACAGAAUGUCAUCCAUGCGAUGCAUUUGAAAUUGCAAGUGAAAGUAUUGCAGUGUGUAUACAUGCAAGAUACAAAGAAGUUUUGAAGUGUAAAAGUGGAGAGACUAAAACAAGAAGUUGUGACCGAGUAGCAUGGCUAGAAGAAAGAGCAUUUUGGAAAUUCGAAGGUUUUAUGUUUGCCCUUGCAUUUACUUCUUGUAUUAGCGUAUAUUGGAGGGAAAAUAUACUAAGGCAAAGAAUUAUUCGUAAAGUUGCAAGACAAUUAAGAGAUAGCGUAUAAGUAAGUGAAAAUAAAUUUUCUACAUACACAAUUUCUUUGUUUAUAAUAAUAAUUAUAAUAAUAUAGUUGCAAUUACAAAAUAAAAAUCAGAAAAAUGAAUGAAGCAUAUUUAGAGAUAUAUUCGUCGACUGAUUUAUGUCUAGCUCCAAUAGAAACGAUCAUAACACUUCUUACAAUGAAAUAUUGCAACUCUAAAAUCAAUAUUAAAUUCAUUAAAACUAAACAAAAAUUAAAUGAAUGCGGAUAUGUUAUAGAUAUAUCUGAAUUUGUAUAUGAAAUAAUGGACGAAGAUAAAAUUUCUCAUGAUGUAAAUUCAUGCGAAUUACCCAGUAUAGUUUUAAACAAAACAAGUUAUAUAGCAGGACUUUGUGCUAUACUAAGACAAAUUAUAAAAACAACACUGGUAGAUUGUCCAUUACAUUAUUGUAAAUCUUUGUUAGGAUUUAAAGAAUCGUGUUUAUUAGCUUGUUCGGAAAGCAGUAUCUGGACUAAAUUUUGUGAAAUAGAUAUUAUUAAUAUGUUAAAAUUUCUUAAUUUAGAUAAUUUAAAUGAAAUAGAAUUGCCUUAUAGUCUUGCAAGAUUUGAAUGUCACAUGUCGCAACCAUUAAAGAUACAUAAUCUGUAUAAAUAUGUAACAUCUAAGAAAAAUAGUAUUAAAGAUGUAGUCGUAAGAGAUAAUGUUCAAUUACCAGAACAUAAAUAUGCAGAAGGCUUUAAUAUUACAUUAUCCGAUAUAAUUAUAUUUAUUUGUGUUCAUAUAUUGCUUACGAUGUAUUCGAGAGAUGCGAUACUCAAAUUAUUGCCAUUGAUAAGUAAAUGGUACGAACGAAUGAUUCAGGAUCAUAUUAUAUUGGAAUGUUUAAGUUGCUUAUCUAUUCAAGAAAAAAAUCUCAACAAUGACAUUAAUUAUAUACUUCCUAAAGUUCCUUAUGAAAGUUUGUACAAGAGUGAUCCUAAAAGAUAUCAACCGAAAAGUCGUGUCUAUACUAAACAAAAAGAUAUAGAAUAUUCCAUGCAAAUUAUUCACAAUGCAGAAAUUCUAAGCGAACUUGACGCGGAACCGUUUGGCGCAGAAAUAUCUUUCGACUGGACAAAUAUUCCUUUUGAUUUAACCCCAGAAGGUGGAUCUUUACCACUUGCACGUUUGCAAAGAAAAUCUGAUCAAUUGGAAAAUUUGUGUAAGCCUGUUAUAAAAUUAGCUAAGCCAGGCGAUGUCAUUGUUGAUUUUUGUUCUGGCAGUGGGCACCUUGGAGUCUUACUUGCAUAUCUCUUACCGAAUUGUACUAUAAUAUUAUUAGAAAAUAAAGAGGAGUCUUUAAAUAGAGCCAAGAAAAGAAGCAAUCUAUUGAAAUUAACUAAUAUUAAAUUUUAUCAAUGUAAUUUGGAUUAUUUUAAAGGAGAUUUUAAUAUUGGUCUAUCUUUGCAUGCUUGUGGAGUAGCAACUGAUUUAGUUAUUCAACACUGCAUUAAAAGAAAUGCUAUUUUUGUAAGUUGUCCAUGCUGUUAUGGAUCAUUACACAAUUGUCAUCAUUUAACAUAUCCUAGAAGUGAUAUUUUUAAGAAACACAUUAAUACUAAACAAUAUUUAACUCUUAGCCAUGCUGCGGAUCAAACACAUGAUAAACUUAACGUUAAAACUCAACAAGGAUACGAUUGCAUGGCUAUUAUAGACACUGAUAGAAAAUUACAGGCUAAACAAUUUAAUUAUAUAGUAUAUCUUGGUAAAUUAAUACCAGAGACGUGUACACCUAAAAAUCACUUAUUAGUUGGAAUACCUAAAGAAAAACAUUUGUGUCUAUGAAAAAUUAAAACAUUAAUAAUAUUAAAAAAUAUUUUUUCAAUAUCAUUUGUAGCGUAAUAUUAAAUAAAAAUGUUUAUACAACGAAUUUUACGAUAUACGUGAAUAUUUACUUAUUGUCUGAAAUUGAUAAUAUAUUGUUUUUUCUCGUAAUAUCUGUAAAACUUAGAUAUUAUUUAUUAAGUGAUCGUUUGUAAUAUGAGAUGCCUAACUUGUAAUAUUAAUUCAAUUCAUUAAUGAGACACGUGCCGUUACUAUAUGCUAGAAAUUUAUUAAUAAUUGUAUGAGGAGAUUUUUAUUGUUAUGUACAAAAAAGAAGAAAGAAUAAUCAUGUAUACAAAUCAUUAGCAUUAUUUAAACAUCUUACAUAAUUUCCUAUAGUUACAUACCUAAGAGAAACACGAAACGAAGUUUUUGUUUUUGUUAUAUUAUAUUAGAGGAACUAGGGAAUAUAUUCAUAAUGUUCACUAUACUAAUUCAAGCGCUAAGUAUAUGCUUGGACAAUAUUGAAAUUUAAAUAAACUUCCACCUUUAUUUUAUGGUUUAACACUUUCAACAUUUAAUUUUGGUCUUUUAAUAAAAUGGCUGAUGGAGAACGAAGUGAAAGUACCAUAUACACGUUUUAUGUUUUUUUUCUUCUUUUUUUUUCUUUUUUUUUUUAAAUUGUGUGUUUCAUGUACUAUUUACAAUUUCAGUCAUACGAGCACAGAUACACUGUCACAAAGUAAAUUAGCCAUAUCUGAUAUUUCUUUUACUUAAAUAGUAAACUUAUGUUUAUUUCAAUUCACAUAUGUUUUAAGCUUUAACUUUUUUGUAUAGAUAAAGCUUAAAACUUUACCAGACCUUAAUAGUGAAAAAUUACCUUAGAACAUUGUCGCAUAGUAUGUCCCUUAUCGUCAAUAUAAAAGCCCCCUAACACACAAGUAUUCGAAAAAUAAUUUUUACUCGAGAGAAAAUCAAUAGAAAAUUAUAAAACAUAACAUUUUAUGAAUAAAAUAUAUGUGUGUGUAUUUGAUUUAUUGUAAAUUGUGAAAUUGAUAUUUCCAACAGUAAGAACCACAAAUAUUAUAAAUUUUGUUUUUAAAAAACAUGAAUAAAUGAAAUUCGAUGAAUAAAAAAAGAUCAAUUGUCGUAAUAAUAUUACGCUUAUACAAAAAGAUAGGGAAUAAACAAAAAAAACUCUUUCAAUGUUCGAUAUAUCAAAAAAUGAUUGCUAUCUCAUAAUUUGUUUAUUGUCACUAAGAAAAUAGUAAGCUAUAUCGCUUGGUAUAUAGUUAACAUUUCGUUAUAUUAUUUGAAAAUAAAAACAUUUUAAUAUUAAAAAUGGUAACUACACUUCGAAAAAAAAAAAAUAAUAAAAAAGAAAUAGAAAUUAUAAAGCAUUUAUUCUCCAUCGAAUGUUGAUAAAGUAAUAAUAAACGUGUGAUUAAGAUUAAGAAAAAAUAAAAAAGAAAAUAUUAGAUACCUUAAUUAUAUUAAUAUUGAUAGUUACCAUUAUAUGUAAGCUUACUUAUUAUAAAAGUUCUAAAUAGGGGGCUUUUAAAAUUACAAGCUAAACUCUAAUUUCGUGGAUGUAGCACGAUGCAUAUAGUAGGCAUCUCAGACAUACAUUGUUAUACUCAUUUUAAACAUUUUCCCGACAUUUAAUUUCAUAGUUUACAAUUCAGAUAUUUUUCCGUAGUAAAAAUUAUCUUGCGCGUGAAAA